AUGGUCCGCAAACUCAAGUAUCACGAGCAGAAGCUUCUGCGGAAGCACGACUUCAUCACAUAUAAGCAGGAUGGCGACCACCGAGAUGCCGCAGUGGUGCGCAGAUACAUGAUUCAGAAGCCCGAGGAUUAUUCCAUCCGUCAACUGGCCCAUAGGAUCAGCCUGAUGCCUCCGGAAAACGCGGCCCGCCGAAAGCACGAGCAACUGCUCCUCGACAAGCUGUACGACAUGGGUGUUCUCUCCUCGGCCUCGAAGCUCUCGGCCAUUGAACACAAUGUCACAGUCAGCGCUUUUGCCAGACGACGUCUCCCCGUCGUCAUGACUCGCCUUCGCAUGGCCGAGACCGUACAGGCAGCAACGAAGCUCAUCGAACAGGGACAUGUUCGUGUGGGCACGGAAACAUGUGUCGAUCCCGCAUUCUUGGUUACCCGCAGCAUGGAGGACUUCGUCACAUGGACCGUGGGCAGCAAGGUCAAGAGAAACAUCAUGAAGUAUCGCGACAAGUUGGACGACUUCGAGUUGCUGUAG